AUGAAAAAGGUCAAAGAAACUUUCUUGUCAUCAGCAGAUUAUGACUGCUUUCUUAUUACAUUUCUUUUCCCUUUUACCGUAUUCCUCCUCUUUUUAACCUUUUCCUUAUUUCAGCUUCUUCUUUACCUUGUCACUUUUUCUUUCCUCUUUGCCAUUCUCUUUAUUCCCCUUGCUACUUUGCCAUUCUCCUUAUUUCAUUGCACUUCUUCCCACUGCUUCUUUGCUCUCCUCUUUAUUCUCCUCUCUUCUCUGACCUUCUCAUUAUUUUUGUUUCAUAUCAUAACCUCAUCUUUGCAUCUACUUUACCCUUUUCAUUAUUUGCCCCUUUUCUCUGCUCUUCUUAUUGUCCAAGCUGGUUUGCAUUUCUUCUUAUACACCUGUUGUUUUGCUCUUUUCUCUUUAUUCUCUUCUUUUCCCUUAUUCCCCUCUCUUCAUUGCCUUUCCCCUUCUUUCCACCACUUCUUUGCUCUCAUACUUAUUCCCUCCUUUACCUUUCUUCUUUUUCUUUUCUUUGCCCUUCUUAUUCUUCUCAUCUUUGUUAUUCCCCUUUUUUCUUUGCCCCCCUCCUCUUUAUCUCCUUCCCACCUCUUCUUUGCUGUCUUACCUAUUCCCUUACCUUCUCUUUCUCCCCUUUUCUCUGCUCUUCUCCUUACUCCUCACCUACUUUUUCUUCUCAUUAUAAUUAUUGAUCAUCUGUCCUUUUUUGUGUUUAAUAAUUUUUUUCUUUUCUAUUAUUUUUAUGAUUCUUGCUGA